AUGACAAUAACGAUGAAGAAAGAUGCCCUCAAUCAAGUAUACCUCAUCGUCAAAGUUUCCAAGAGAAAUGGACCCUGUUUAGAGUUUGGAUGUAUAGCUUACCCUGAGGAGAUUGCAAUCAAAAGCUUAUCUGUUAAGGACCCCGAGAGCUCUGAAGAUCGAAUAGCAUAUGAAGGACCUGAUUUCAUAAGCCUUUUCGCAAGUAUCUAUCUUGAGAUAAAAGGAAUCAAUCCCAACACAACCAAUUUCUUGCAUGAGUACAUGAUCGGCAAAGACAGCAAAGAAUAUGUUACAAAGCUAAAGAACCUCGAAAAAUUCGUCGAGGCAUGA